CAAAAACACUCAAAAUUAACCAAUUUUAAUCAUAUUUAAUCCUCAAAAACCAUGGGUGUCAUAACAUAUACCGAUGAACACACUUCCGCAAUCCCUCCUUCAAGAAUUUUCAAAGCAGCAAUCCUCGACUCUCACAAUUUAAUGCCAAAACUCUUGCCAGAUGCUAUAAAAAGCAUCGAAUUAAUCCAAGGUGAUGGUGGGGCCGGAAGCAUCAAGCAGACUAACUUUUCAGGAGGUUAUGUGAAACACCAUGUAGAUGAAGUUGAUGAGAAGACAUUCACGUAUAAGUAUAGUUUAAUUGAAGGUAUGGGCAUAUCCGACAAGGUUGAAAAGGUGUCAUAUGAUAUUAAGUUUGAAGCAACACCUGAUAAUGGAACCAUUUCAAAGAUGACUACUACUAUUUACACCCAUGGUGAUUUUGAACUCAAGGAAGAAGAACUAAAUGCAGGAAAAGAAAAGGUGUUAGGGCUUUACAAGGUUGUGGAAGCUUACCUUCUUGAAAACCCUGAUGCAUAUGUUUGAAGAUUCACAUAUGUGUUUGAUAUUUUUAAGAUUCCUUGUUUUUUCUGAGAAAUAAAUAUUGCACUAUUAAUAAAAUUUGAG